CAUAAAUCUAAGCCUUGCGAUGAAUCCUAGGUAUAUUUCAGCAUUUCUGAGUGAUUUGUGCCAAAUGGGUGACUUGAAUGGACAUAGCAGAAUAAUUUCUCUUCUAGUUGGAUUAUGUUUGUGUGUUGUCUCUGUGAAAGCUGGUCCACCAUGUUUCGCCAGUGAUUAUCUAGAACCACUAAGAUAUGCUAGUUUGAGGAAACAUAUAGAUAAAAUUGUGAGUGAAACAGAUGGACUGCUGAUGAAAGCGAAUGAUCUUAAAGAAUAUAUAGGUGGUCGGUUUCUUCUUUCUGACGAGUACCUAUGCUCUGGUAUCCCACUGGAACUUCUAAGCGAGAGAGGACUUGCGUUCCCGGCCUACGAUGAUAGUUCCUGCCCAAUAGCAUUUAUUCACAUACCUUCUGUUUCGGAUGAUGAACGAGUUCAAGAUUAUUUAACUGAGAUAUGUGACCCGUCCAGUAGAAAGACAGCACGCACAGCACACAUACUGUGGAUAAUGAGAACAACUUAUAAUAUACUAAAUGUUCUUGCCAACUAUUUCGAACAUCUUAAGUACAGCACAAAAGAAAGUCCCACUGUAGAGCGAAAUAUAACAUUUUUCCAAAGGGAAAUUUACAGUUCUAUGUGUACGAUAAAAAUAGCUCUAAGAUCACAGGAUGUUGAUUUACCAGAAGCUGUCCCUAGUGGACACCUGUCAGCACAUUUCCUUCAGCAUUAUAUGUCUACUAGAACGGAACGACAAUUCACUACUUAUGUAACUGUACGAGACAGUGUACGUAUUGCGAACUAUAUAAAUGAAAUUUACCAAAGUAUACAGGACUGCUAUCUUAACUUGGAUACUUAUAUAUACAACUUGUUAACAUAAGAGACUUCCCUGCACAGAACAUUUUUCUAGAAUUAAUCCAGAUGUUAUGUUCGAGAAAAAUAUUUACAGAAACCCUUAACUAUUGAACUGUUUACAUAUUAGUCUUUUUUAAAAUUAUUUUUCCAUAUACAUUCUUACGCAUUAUGUUCGGUAUCAAGAAACAAAAUAUAGCGCACGAAAUUACACAGUCCAUACCUUAACUAUUCAUUUUCACAAAAUGUCUCUAUUUUGAGACGUAAACGUCUUGCAAUGUUGGAGGUGGGUGUAAAUAUAACUUGAUCUUUACUUCUAAGUUUAAGCAUGUUAAGUUAACGAGAUCUUAAUUUUAUAAUAAACUAACGUUGAUGAUAUUAAUACGCUGAUUUCUAUAUUUUCCGGAUUACUGUUUCAUUAAUAUGUAUUAUUUUGAUUAUAUACCUGUACGUUUUCCUGCUGCAACAUUCUUUCUGGAAGAACUGGAAUAAAAAGAGUAGUCUUUAUCCCGAAAGAUUUGUAUUUACCUCCCUUUCAUAUGAAUGAUUAACAGCUUGUAUUAUAGUAUAUAUUGUCUUCUCGCUCCUGUGUAGUGAAGAUAUAAUCUCCUUACUUGUAGGUGCUGACAUAUA